AUGCCAGAAGCUGCAAGUCAAACCAAGCUGCCCAAUCUGGAAACAUCCCCUGGAGCUUCUCCCAGAGACAGGGCACAUGCUGUGAGUGCAGUAGAUGACAUCCAGCAAGAUAUCUCCCGGGAGCAACAGCUUAAUUUGAACUUGAACCUCUCUGCCCAAAUUGCAGCAACAGAAGUUCUGGAGAGAGUAUCCAAGAAACUAAAACAGCCUGUGAAGAACUUCAGAGCUGACUCAAGAGAAAACUUCCAAUUUGUUUAUGGUGCUACAGUGGCUCUGGACUCAGGAAAAAGAUGGGAAGAGGAACAGCAAAAGCCAUCUCACCUUCCUCUGAUUUCCCCUCAGCUUCCCAAGUGGGGUGCUUGUGCCCAAGCCAAGGGAAUUGAAGAGCCUGUCCACUCCAUGCCUGUGGUCAGGCCUAGGUCUUCAGGAUCAGGACAGGGAAAAUCUAGGCCACGGCGAAAUCGUGGCACCAAGACUACUCGUCCAAGCAGCUGGCAGCUUUCAAGCCACUCCUGCUUUCCCCUGGUAGAUGGGAGCAUUGCUAGUGGAGAGAUCCAAGCCGGACUAGCCUUCAAGGAGCAGGAUGAGUGCUUGCCAACUUGCCCAGCAGCAUUGAGGCUGUCACAGGCCCCCACCAGGGUUGAUUUUGCCAAAGUUUUCAGAGAAACAUGCCAUGAACAAAAGAGCAGGAAGCUUCCAGCUCCCAAAGCCGUCUCUACCCAGGAGGCCAAGGCACAACCCCUGGACAUGGCACCAUACAGCUGUGACCUGGUGUUCCACAGCGGAGACCUGCAACUUCCUGAGGUGCAAGCGCCCCUCACCGUUAUGCCUGUCCUCACCACCAAAGAUACUCCUUUUGCUAAGAUCCUGGCAGAACACAGCUCUAAGACCCCUGAAGAAGCCGACACUGGAAGAGCCAGGUUUGCUCAGGGCAUCCUCGGUGACCCAGACACGGCAGUGAGGGCUGAGCGCCAGGGUCCUUCCUUGCCUGCUACAGCUCUGGAGGACACAGUCCAGCAGCUCGUGACUGCAGCCUGGAGCCAUGCCAAGGAUGCAAGCCGAGGACCCAGCCGGCAGCUGGCACAGCCCAAAGCAGACAAAACCACAGAGCAGCAUCAUGCGGCUGUGGCACAGGGGCUGGUGGCCCACACAGAUGGCCCAGUGGCGCCAGCCAGCGGAGUCCCAGAGCAGACCAUAAAGCCCGGUGAAACUACAUCCCCCACGGCUCCCCAAGGGCCUGACCCACAUGCUCACGGUUGCAAGAGGGCUGCCGGCAGGGCCGGUGGGCGAGCUCUCCCUGGCAUGGGCCGUGGGCCGUGGCACAAGAGAUGGCCGCAGGCAAGGCACGGCGCACGAGGGCAGGCUUUGACCAUCAUCCCCUGCAUUGAAGGCAGGCCACUGAGGAUCCAUCCAGAUGUCACGUCAGAGUAUCUCUCAGUGCUUUCUAUAAAAACAGAGCCUAUUGAGGAGCUCAACAGCAGCUGCCUGGUCCGCACUGGGCAGAGCUUGGCCCAGCUCCGAAAACUCCAUCUCUGGAGGAAGAAGGGAGACCAGGAGAGUGAGGAUAAGGAAGAGGAGGGUGAGGGGAAACGCUUCACCCUGACAGUGUCAGGACGACUCAAUGUCAAACCCAAGGAGGUCUUCUGCAGGAACUCCUUCCCUAACCUAUGGAAACCUGAGCUUACACGAGUGGAGCUCCUCAAGGAUGUGACGACCAAGCAGGACUUCAUGGAGCGCCUGGUAGUCCACAGUGUCAAGGAGCCCAUCAUGAGAAAGAAGAGAGACCCGAGAACACUAAAAGACAUGGCAUUGGACAUGGUAGAGGAAGAUGAUGAUGAUGAGGAGGAGAUUAAUGAAGACAUUUUAAAAGUGGAGGACUCGCUGAUUUGUGAGAAGCACCAGGACAUCAUGAUGAGCAAACAGCAAGAAAAUAAAAAUGCUUGGGGGCUCAAGAAAAAUGCCUCCACCUGCACAAUCUGGAUGAGACCUAGCUUCCUAAGCAAAGUUGCUUCCACACGCUUCCCAAAGAUACCGUACCGAUCCUACAGAAUGCUUCUCUCCACACCGGCACCUGCAGUAGGGGUCGCCCGUGAGCGCAGAGCAGAUGAGAGUUCAUCCUCAUCCUUCGCAUCAAAGGACAAUUCAGGCACAUUUACCUUCCUGAACUCCCGAGCCUCCAGGCAGCUGCCCUCAAUCCUCAGGAUGGUGCUUCGGGCUGUGUGCCGAGCUCUCUCCUGCAGCUGUGAUCACUCGUGGCAGUGAGAGGACAGGAGGACACGUGUGCCGCACAGCUCCCCUGAGAGCGGGGCUGGCCCUGAGGAUGCGCAGCACAAAGAGGGAGAGCAGCAGAGGGGAAAACGAUCAUGCCAGAGACCUUCAGCUAGCCCCAGAGCACGACCUGCUUCCUGCCUUAGCUCACGGCAUGUGAGGAGGACCCAUCUGCUUCUAUGGGCAGCCAGAGCUACGCUCCCUCCCAGGUGCUACAGGAACACCGCCCCACAGCGCUCCUUUUGUUAGGAAGGACCGGCAAAGGCUGUUAAUAAAGACAUAAAACAGUUGUCAGCCCAAGCAUCAGUUGGACUUGGUACCACUCUGACCCUAGGGCCAGCUGCUUUGCCACCCACCUCAACACUGUACCAGCCUUUCGCUCUGCUUUUGCUGUCAGGAAAGUGCAGGGGACUGGGCUAAAAACCUUGCUGAAAUCCUGCUCUUCCAUCAUCUCUGCAGCCAGGCACCUCGUCAGGCAGAAGCAGCCAUGGCCAGUCAGGAAACCCAGACAGGAACAGAGCUUUGCCUCACAGGGAGAGAAAAAGAGCCAAGUGCUGUUCUUCAGCCAGACACAAAUAACCACGUAAUUUGUCCAGCAAAAGCCUGGUAGGAGUCCCAAUGUAGAGCCCUACCAUCUCUUUCAUUUAUGUCCCUAAGGAAGGGGUUUGAGCUAAAAAACAAAACCUCAGCCCUGAACACAAGAGGCCACAAAGGUUUUGCAACAGAAGAGGCUUUUGGAAGGGACACUCAGUCUCAUCUGUUGGCAAGAUCAAGUUAGUUGAACUGCUCCAUUCCAAACCUUCCUGUUGUUGAGGAAUAACUGGAAUACAGCUUAGGCUAAGGUCAGAGCAGAAGCUUUACUACUGCAACUAUAGGAGAACACCCCUCCCCCCCCGCCCCGAGCAGCAGCACGACAGACUGCUGAUAUCAACUUGGCCCAGGAGAGGCAGUUACAGAGCUGAUUAUACUUUUGGGUCAUGCGACUCGUCCUUCACAGACCUGCAGCUAUGCGGAUAAGCGCGAGCAGGGAGUGAAUCCCUUCAGAAGUGUAAGCUCCAACGAUACAGGGAGCAUGUUCUUUUGCAGACAAUACAUUCCUUUGGCAACUGGGUCAUGCUGACUUCUGACAGGCCAUUGUAGUGGGGUUUUUUUGUUUUUUGUUUUUUUUUUUUUUUUUUGCUAGAUAGGCCUGCAAAGGCUGAUGAAACAUUAACCAUUUUAUUUCCACAAUGUGCUUUAAAAAGCCACAAGGCUUUUUUAUUGAAAAUAUUGCCAUUCCUUCUAAAUUUAUGGUAACUUUCCCUUCCCAGACUGGUCAGCUUGCAGGAGGCAGAACCAGAGGGAAUGGAGCCAGAGAAGAUACCAAAACUAGAACUUCAGUCUGUAGGUAUCGAGGGUGGGAAGGCAGCUGCCUGAAGAAGCUAGGAACAACUGUGGUCUUGACCAGAAGCACCCAGCAGCAGGAGGGGUCCAAACUGUUUUGUUUGUGCACGCUUACUUUGCUGAGAAUGAGGAAGUUGGCAAGACUGGUGGCAAAGCUGUUUGCCGUUGGUGUCCUCCACAGGACCCACAUCCAAAGAGCCAGGGUGUCUCUCUCCUAGGUGAGUCCCCCUAGAGCCUGCACUGGCACCACCAGUCACCAUGCAAAGGCGACCAGGGUGAAGGAAAGGUGCGAUGAGCUUGCGAGAGGUGCCAAGGUGACGCACGUCCUCCCACGGCUACAGCAGCUGUUUUCCUUCUGGGACGGGCAGGGUCCAAGAGAGCAGUGCGCUCUGCGUGCUGACCAGGACUAGGCAGGGCUGCCUCUGCGGUUUCUGUUUGAUCAGCUCUGCCCAGCUGCUUUGCAGCCAGUAACUACUGCACAGACAAGAUAAGAAAGUAGCUCUAGAAGAUGCAAGGGGCCUUUAAGAUACACAAAGUGAGCCCUGCCUGGAGCCCAGCAGCCACCCCCCACACGCUUCCCGUUUCCCCCAGCUCCCCUUACAGUCUGGUGUCC